GGUGUUUUUGACAGUUUUGAUUGUAGUUUCGUUAAAACUAAUUGCAAUGCCGACUGUAUCAAAUUAGAAAUGGCUGCCACCAAAUGUGGGUCAGUGAGAUCAAAAUCAAGCAAGCUUGUUGUAGCAGCGAUUGAUUUCGGCACGACAUUUACUGGAUAUGCCUAUGCAAUGCGAGAUGAUUUUAAGGCAGACCCGCCGAAGAUAAGUGCCAAUACAUCAUGGUACGCCGGUGGUCAGCUUUUCACACUGAAAACACCGACUGUUUUGUUGCUAGACCCCAAACAAAAUUUCGAGGCUUUUGGUUUUGACGCUGAAGACCGAUAUGCUGAGCUUGCCGCUGACAAUGACCACAAGGGAUACUUCUACUUUCGGAGGUUAAAGUUGAAGCUAUACAACUCCACAAACAUUGACCGUGACACAAUGGUGGAAGAUGAACAAACGAAGAAAAUGAAUGCUAUUAAAGUGUUCAGCAUCUGCAUCAAAUACCUCAUGGAGCACUUCAUGAAGAACAUUAAAAACAGGGUUUUAGAGAUAUCUGAGAAAGACGUAGACUGGGUACUGACUGUACCAGCUAUCUGGAAUAACAGUUCGAAACAGUUCAUGAGAGAGGCCGCCGAAAUGGCUGGCAUGAAGAAGGACUCAUUAACCAUUGUACUUGAGCCGGAAACUGCCUCUUUAUUUUGCAUGCACCUUCCUAUCGAGCAGCUAAACAUGACCGGAGCUUCUUUGUCUCAGUCCCAAAUGUCACCUUUCUCAAUUGGUCAACGCUAUAUGGUGGUCGAUGUCGGAGGUGCUACAGUGGAUAUCAACGUUAUCGAGUUGGUGGGAGAAGGGCAACUGAAGGUGCAUAACAUGACCAGUGGCGCGACUUGGGGAGGAACUCGUGUUGAUGCAGCAUUCGAGGAUUUCAUGAGAAAACUUGUUGGAAAGGAAGUUUUUGACGAGUUCAAGAAGACAUUUGUUGAAGAUUUUGUUGAAUUUCAAAGGCAAUUCGAGACAAAGAAACGUUGCAUAACACACGACAAAAAGGGGAAAGAGACGAUCCAAAUUCCGAUUGCUUUGACAGAAAUUUAUAAAAGUAAAACAAAGAAAAACAUGGAAGCGGCGGUCAAGCAGUUUCAAGGCAAUUUGACAUGGACUGCUGGAAGAUUGCGCGUAAAUUGCGAUUUCAUGCGAGGAUGGUUUAAAGACACCUGUGAUAAUACAGUUAAGCAUGUACGGGAUCUAUUCCGACAACCUGCAGUGCUCAGUUGCGAGACCAUACUUCUUGUUGGUGGAUAUGCAGAGUCAUCGGUGCUACAACAAGCUUUUCGAGAUAAUUUUCCCAACAAGCGGCUCAUCGUGCCUGAAGAAGCUGGACUUGCGGUGCUCAAGGGCGCCGUUCUGUUUGGCCAUCUCAAACCACAUCUUAGCAUUGUGAACUGUUCCUCUGAUUGUUUUUCUGAAGAUAAGGAAAAGAGUACCAAACCAGUCCAAACGAUUAUUGUUGCUGCAAUAGACUUCGGAUCGGCGUUCUCAGGAUUCGCCUUUGCAGAAAGAGAUGACUUGAAAACUGUCAGUGAGAAUCCAAAAAUCAUCACUGGGACGGGGUUUGUGAGUGGACAACUGAUUUCCCAUAAAACUCCCACAGUGCUUUUGCUGAACCCAGACAAGUCAUUUGCGGCGUUUGGGUAUACAGCAGAAGAAAUGUACAGUACUUUGUUUGAAGAUGACAGGGAAAGAAAAACCUCAAGCCACAGAUCUUACUACUACUUCCGGCGCUUGAAGAUGAUGCUUCAUAGCCCCGACAGGCCUAUGACGUUGAGCAGAGAUGAGCAGAGAUGUUGA